GGGGCAGCUGUGGUCUGGGGGGAGGCGACCCCCCCUCCUCUUCCUCAAAGGGCAGCCUCCCUAGGGAGGGGGGCGGGUCUGUUAUAAUCUCUGUGGGGUGCAUUGUUAACAGUACACUUAUUUAUUAUACUAUUUAUUAUAUUAUUUAUUAUACACACUUUGUAUUAUAUACUUAUAUAUGGUAUACACUUUCUAUUACAUAUAAUACAUUAUAUAGUUUUUCUUUUUAGGUACCUUGUCAGGGUCCUCAGUGUCACAACAGCCCUGUGAGGUAGGCAGGCAGGCAGGACCCUAUUGUCCCCGUUUCACAAAGGAGGGUUGGAAAGUCUGGACCUUUUUGGAUUUCUCCUCCCCCUCCCAGUCUCUCCGACCAACCUUAGUAGAUAACACAGACAGUUAUUAACACAGUUAUUAACACAGAUAACACAGAUAUUAUGAGACACAGAGAGACUCAAAAAUCGUCAAGGAGCCAUAAACAUACAGAUGGAUGGUGGAAAAUCUGUAGGGCUGCCUGCAGGAUUGUAUGUUUCUCUUUGUCCCGAGGUGUUGGAAAAUCCUGCCUCCUGCUGCAGUUCACGGACGAUCGGUUCACAACCUUGCACGACUUGACAAUCGGUGUGGAGUUUGGUGCACGCAUGAUCAGCAUUGACAACAAAAAUAUCAAGCUACAGAUUUGGGACACGGCUGGACAGGAAUCAUUCCGCUCCAUCACCCGCUCCUACUACAGGGGAGCAGCUGGGGCCCUAUUGGUCUACGACAUCACCAGGCGGGAAACCUUCAACCAUGUGAACUCGUGGCUCGAGGACGCCCAGCAGCACUCUGGAUCCCACAUGGUGUUCAUGCUGAUUGGCAACAAAAGUGACUUGGAGCACCGGCGGGCUGUGAAGAAGGAAGAGGGCGAAGCUUUCGCUCGGCAACAUGGCAUGAUUUUCAUGGAGACAUCGGCCAAGACAGCAACCAACGUGAAGGAGGCCUUCCUCGCCACAGCCAGAACCAUCUACAAAAAGAUCCUGGAAGGCCAGCUGGACCUUACCAGCGAGGGACACGGCAUCAAGAUCGGACCGUCAGCCGGACUGCAUGAAUCUGCCCUCCAACGUCCCCUGGGCUCUGGAGAUCGAUUGGGCUGCUGCUGAACUCUCCUCGGACUCCAGCUGGGUGUGUGGCACCUUGGGAACGCAUAGAGAGCUCCCCCUGCACUCACGGGCACCCUGUCGUUCCAUUUUCAGCAUGGUGUCGGGCGUGGGGAACUUGCAGGCCAGCCCUUUCCCUACAACUCACCUCGUCUUACUCGGUGUGGGGAUCGGGACCGCGCUGGAGCUAGAACUGCCUGUGACUUUGGACUCUGUUUCUCACCUCCAAGCAUUCCUUAUCAGGGAGGGGCUCCCCCAUUCUGUGCCUUAAUGCAUCUAUCGCCUCUUUCACUGUUGGAUCUUUCCCUCCCCACAUCGGGUUCAUAAAGCCCUGGCACAGAGGGGCACAUCAUUCAGGCCGUCCCGGCCUGUACCAGCUCUUAGAUUUUAAGAUGCUCCUCACUGUGAUUGUUGUUCAUAUUAAACGUUUUCCAUGUUU